AUGACAACGACAAAAGCUCCGUUGAGUACAUUUCAAACAAACUACACUGUUCCACGCAUUCAAGCACAGACAGGAACAGGUGUACAAGAGGGUCUUACAAGUUCGCUCAUAGUGACUACGGCCAUGACGUUGGGAACAUUCGGCAUGGGCAUCACAGGAACAUGUUGGAGCUGGGACGUCUCAUCGUUCCAGGAGCUGAAACUACGCUUAGAAAGACGUGCCAACAACGAAACUGUGGUGACAAAUAUGCCUCUCGAUAAGAGCAGUCAGCAGGUAGUGGACGCCCUGGUCGAGCCACAGAAUCAGUCCUUUUGUAAAUAG